UCCUCCUUGUUUCCUCUAGUGUUGCUUCAGCUCUUUCUGGUUGCGACUGAACUGACCUCUGGAAAUGGCAUUGACAACCUAGAAGAGUGUUUCCAAGAUCCCGAAUAUGAAAAAUGGUUGGACAUUGCCAGACACGGGCUGGGAACAGCCUCAAAAGCAAAGACCGUUGCGAUUGUGGGGGCAGGGAUUAGCGGUCUCCUGGCUGCCAAAUUAUUGAAGGACGCUGGACAUCGGGUUGUGAUUCUGGAAGCCAGUGAUCGUGUGGGAGGGCGGAUAAAGACACACCGAGAGAAAGACUGGUAUAUGGACUUGGGGCCUAUGCGUUUGCCCAAAACUCACAGAAUUAUCCGUGAGUUCCUUGGCAAAUUCAAUCUCAGUCUAAAUCCAUUCACUCAAAUUGACAAAAAUGCCUGGUAUUUAAUUAGAAAUGUCCGACACAGCAUGGCACAUGUCAACGCAAACCCUGGAAUCUUCGGGUACCCCGUUCAUCCCAGGGAACGAGGGAAAACUGCUGACGAGCUUUUUCAAGAGACGCUGGAUAAGGUUAUAACAAACUGUACACUCCUGAAAGAGAAAUACGACUCAUUCUCCACUAAGGAAUACCUACUUAAGGAAGGACACCUGAGCAAAGGAGCUGUCGAUAUGAUUGGUGACCUCCUGAAUGAAGACGCUGGGUUCCAUCUGUCAUUCCUGAACUCUGUCAUGGAUUACCUGGUCUACUCUAAAAACAGUUUUGAAGAAAUUACUGGUGGAUUUGAUCAACUCCCUCAGGGGUUCUUCCGCGAAUUGCCUGGGAUAGUUCGCUUCAAUUGCACAGUGAAGAAGCUUCUCCGCCUGGGCAAAAAAGUGAAGGUCCUUUACCACGGACCACCCAGACCAGCACUUUCAGCCUUGACUGCUGACUACGUCCUCAUCACGGCGACAGCCAGAGCCACGCGACUCAUCGAAUUCGUGCCGCCUCUUUCCACUUCCAAGGCGCACGCUUUGCGCUCCUUGAACUAUGCGAGCGCGACCAAAAUCGCCUUGGUUUGCACUGAGAAAUUCUGGGAGAAAGACGGGAUCCGAGGCGGGAAGUCCAUCACGGAUCACCCAUCCCGCAACAUUUACUACCCCAACCAUGACUUCCCCAAUGGGACAGCGGUGCUCCUGGUUUCCUACACUUGGAACAGUGAUGCCGAUUUCUAUGUUCCGCUCACUGAGGAAAAGUGCAUCGAUGUGGUGAUGGGUGACCUAGCAGAGCUCCACCAAGUGUCUAAAGCUUAUCUGCGAUCUGUCUGCGGCCAGCACGUGCUGCAGAGGUGGGCCCUAGACCAGCACGCAAUGGGGGCGUACAGCAUCUUCACCCCGUACCAGUUCACUCACUUUUCAGAGGCGCUGGCCCAGAAUGAAGGGCGGGUCUAUUUCGCAGGAGAGCACACCGCUCACCCUCAUGCCUGGAUCGACAACGCCAUGAAAUCUGCUAUAAAGGCAGCAAGUAAUAUUCACAACAGGGCAGCGGAAAGUCCCCGAGAAAGAACCUUAGAGUUGAAAGCUCUCUCAAGAGCAGCUCUGCCUGAACUAAUCUAUAGCCCGCUGCAACUCAGCGCAGCCGGCUAG